CACCUGAAAUCAGUUCAUAGUUGUUACCAUGAUUAUUUUAAACAGUAGUGAUUCCUUAAGAAAAGUCUGGAGGAUAUGCAGUACAAUAAUGAGCAGUGGGAGUAGCCAGAUAUGGCGCCGUCGCAGUGGAACAGCAUGGAUCCGUGCCGGCCUAGUAAUAUUUAUCUUGGUGUUCAUAUGGCUCCAGUUGAACUUCUUGAGCUUGGCUGGCUCCUCCCAACAAUACUCAGAAGUAAACGACAGUAACGCGGCUAUUCUGAGUAAUGUUCCAGCUGUACUGCACAAAUUCCUAUCACCGAGACCAAAAAAUUUCACCAUUACUUUUUCUAACGGCAGCUACACUAACAUUUUUUAUACUAAUGCUCCUAAUAUAUCAGAGAUGAAACGAAAUAUAGCAAAAUACAACAGACAGCAAAUCGUUCACAACGAAAAUAUUUUUGAACCACUUCAAAAUGACUCUAUAGUCAUAGUAGUUCAGAUCCAUGACAGAAUUACUUACUUACGCCAUCUUAUUGUCAGCUUAGCACAAGCACCCGGUAUAUCUCAGGCACUUCUUGUAUUUUCUCAUGAUUAUUAUGACGAGGAAAUGAAUAGUCUAGUCCAAAGCAUUGAUUUUUGCAAAGUGAUACAAAUAUUUUAUCCAUAUUCCAUACAAACCCACCCUAAUGAAUUCCCAGGAGAAGACCCAGAUGACUGCCCAAGGGACAUCAAAAAAGACCAAGCUUUGCAGAAAAAAUGCAACAACGCUCUUUAUCCAGAUGUUUAUGGCCACUAUCGAGAAGCCAAAUUUACACAGACCAAACAUCAUUGGUGGUGGAAAGCUAAUAUUGUGUUUAAUCAACUCGAAGUUACCAGAAACCAUACAGGUUUAGUAGUUUUGUUAGAAGAAGACCAUUACGUUGCUGAAGAUUUCAUACAUAUGCUUAGAUUGAUGGAAAGAACUUAUAAAGAAUCUUGUAAGCACUGUAACAUUUUGUCUUUGGGAACAUACUUGAAGACCUACAACUAUUACGCAGAUUCAAAAAAGGUUGAAAUAUCUCCUUGGAUAAGUAGUAAACAUAACAUGGGUAUGGCUUUCAACAGGUCUACUUGGAUGAAUAUUGUCGAAUGUGCUUCUUCUUUUUGUAAAUAUGAUGAUUACAAUUGGGAUUGGUCAUUACAACAUGUUUCUCAAAACUGUUUGAAGCAUAAACUCCAUGCUAUGGUAGCCCGUGCUCCCAGGGUAUUCCAUAUCGGAGAAUGUGGUGUUCAUCAUAAGAAAAAUAAUUGUAAGUCUACCGCAAUGAUAUCGAAGGUACAACAGAUCCUUAAGUCUGCAAAGAGACAUCUGUACCCUGAUUACUUGAUAUUAACAUAUUCUACUGUAUUAAAAAAGACUAAACUUCGUAAGGGUAAUGGUGGUUGGGGUGAUAGGCGAGAUCAUAAGCUGUGUAUCGGCAUGACUAUUGGUGGAUAGCUGUUUUUUUAUAUUUUUGUUAUGUAUUAAUUAAAUUAUACAGUGUUAUCAAAUUGUUAAUUUUAUUUUGUAUUUAUAUUUAUUCGUAUCGAAUUUUUGGAUAUACUUUUUGUUGCCAGUGAAUUCUGCAUAUAUUAAGAUGUUUGUACUUGUGUAAUAUAUACAAUAAAACAAGAAA